UGUGGGGUGUGUGUGUGUGCACCAGGGAGAGAGAGGGAGGAAGGGAGGGAGGGAGGGAGAGAGAGAGAGAGAGAGAGAGAGAGAGAGAGAGAGAGAGAGAGAGAGAGAGAGAGGAUUGGAGAAAGGAGGGAAGGAGGGAGUGAGGCUGAGAGACCCAGAGGUGCUGAAGACAGAACUGGCAGAGGUUCUGCAAACAGGACUGGAGCGCUGGGAGAGCCACUCAGGACCUUUCGGGGGAGCCCGAUUAAUGUGAGCAUGGGGUCAGUCACCGGAGCUGUCCUCACGAUGCUACUUCUGUCAUCGACUCAAAACUGGAACAGGGUCAGAGCUGGGAAUUCCUAUGACUGUGAUGAGCCUCUGGUGCCUGCCCUGUCUCAGGCCUCGUUCAGCAGUUCAUCCGAACUCUCUAGCAGCCAUGGUCCUGGAUUUGCAAGGCUAAACCGAAGAGAUGGAGCUGGUGGCUGGUCUCCACUUGUGUCAAACAAAUACCAGUGGUUACAGAUUGACCUCGGAGAGAGAAUGGAGAUCACUGCCGUGGCCACCCAAGGCGGAUAUGGGAGCUCCAACUGGGUGACCAGCUACCUCCUGAUGUUCAGCGACAGCGGCAGGAACUGGAAACAGUAUCGACAGGAGGACAGCAUCUGGGGAUUUUCAGGAAAUGCAAAUGCAGACAGUGUUGUGUACUAUAGACUCCAGCCUUCGAUCAAGGCCAGGUUUCUGCGCUUCCUCCCUUUGGAGUGGAACCCCAAGGGCAGAAUUGGAAUGCGGAUCGAGGUGUUUGGAUGCGCAUACAGAUCAGAGGUGGUUGAUCUGGAUGGAAGAAGUUCUCUCCUCUACAGAUUUGAUCAAAAACCCCCGAGCACCAUAAAGGAGACUAUUUCUUUGAAAUUUAAAACCACGCAGAGUGAUGGGAUUCUACUCCACAGGGAAGGGCAAAAUGGAGAUCACAUCACACUGGAACUGAGAGGGGGAAAACUCUUUUUACUUAUUAAUUCAGCUGACACUAGACUGCCUUCUCCUCACACGCCGAUCAACCUCACCCUGGGCAGCCUGCUGGACGAUCAGCACUGGCACGCGGUGCUCAUCCAGCGCGCGGGCAAACUGGUCAACUUCACCGUGGACGAGCACCGGCACCGCUUCCACGCCCAGGGGGAGUUCAGUUACCUGGACCUGGAUUCUGAGAUCAGCUUUGGAGGGAUUCUAGCACCUGGAAAAUCAGUGUCAUUCUCCCAGAAAAACUUCCACGGGUGUUUAGAAAAUCUCUAUUAUAAUGGAGUAGACAUCAUUGAUUUGGCCAAGCGACAAAAGCCACAGAUCUUCGCUAUGGGAAAUGUGUCUUUUUCUUGCUCACAACCCCAGGCUGUGCCUGUGACUUUUCUCAGCCCCAGGAGUUACUUAGCACUGCCAGGCUCUUCCAGGGAGGACGAGGUUGCUGCUGCUUUCCAAUUUCGAACCUGGAAUAAUGCGGGGCUUCUGCUAUUCAGUGAACUUCAGCUGGUUUCGGGGGGCCUCCUCCUCUUUCUUAAUGAUGGAAAACUUAAGCUGAAUCUCUACCAGCCAGGAAAAUUACCCAGUGACAUCACAGCAGGUGUUGGACUAAAUGAUGGACAGUGGCAUUCCGUCUCCAUAUCUGCCAGGAGGAAUCACCUGAGUGUGGUGGUGGAUGGCCAGGUGGUCUCUGCUGCUGCUUCCCUGGGGCCUGAGCAGGUUUAUUCAGGUGGCACCUAUUAUUUUGGAGGUUGUCCAGACAACAGCUUUGGAUCCAAAUGUAAAAAUCCCCUUGGUGGAUUUCAGGGAUGCAUGAGACGCAUUUCUAUCAGCAACAAAGUGGUAGAUCUGAUUUCAGUUCAGCAGGGGACCCUGGGGAACUUCAGUGACCUUCAGAUAGACUCCUGUGGAAUCACAGACAGGUGUUUGCCCAACUACUGUGAACACGGUGGGGAGUGCUCCCAAUCCUGGAACACCUUUCAUUGCAACUGUGCCAACACGGGUUACACAGGAGCCACCUGCCACAACUCUAUCUAUGAGCAGUCAUGUGAAGCCUAUAAGCACAGAGGAAAUACUUCAGGGUUUUACUAUAUAGACUCAGAUGGAAGUGGUCCCUUAGAACCAUUUCUUCUCUAUUGCAAUAUGACUGAAACGGCAUGGACCAUCAUCCAGCACAAUGGCUCAGAGUUAACGAGAGUGAGAAACACUAACCCGGAGAACCCGUAUGCUGGGUUUUUUGAGUACGUGGCCAGCCUGGAGCAACUCCAGGCCACCAUCACCCGUGCGGAGCACUGCGAGCAGGAGCUGGCCUACUACUGCAAGAAGUCGCGGCUGGUAAAUCGGCCAGAUGGGACCCCUCUGAGCUGGUGGGUUGGAAGAACCAAUGAGACACACACGUAUUGGGGAGGUUCUUCGCCUGAUCCUCAAAAAUGUGCUUGUGGACUAGAGGGAAACUGCGUUGAUUCUCAGUAUUAUUGCAACUGCGAUGCUGACCGGAAUGAAUGGACCAAUGACACUGGAGUCCUUUCCUACAAAGAACAUCUGCCAGUGACUAAGAUAGUGAUCACAGACACAGGCCGGCCACAUUCAGAAGCAGCUUACAAACUGGGGCCUCUCCUCUGCCGGGGAGACAGGUCAUUUUGGAAUUCAGCUUCCUUCAAUACCGAGGCUUCAUACCUCCAUUUCCCCACUUUCCACGGAGAACUCAGUGCAGACGUGUCUUUCUUUUUUAAGACCACAGCUUCCUCCGGAGUGUUUUUAGAGAACCUGGGGAUUACUGACUUCAUACGGAUAGAGCUACGCUCUCCAGCAGUAGUGACUUUUUCAUUUGAUGUGGGGAACGGGCCCUCUGAAGUCUCGGUGCAGUCCCCCACUCACUUCAACGACAACCAGUGGCACCACGUUAGGGUUGAAAGGAACAUGAAAGAGGCAUCCAUUCAAGUGGAUCAGCUCCCACCAGAGACCCAACCCGCUCCCGCUGAUGGCCAUGUCCUUUUGCAGCUCAACAGUCAGCUCUUUGUGGGUGGAACGGCCACCAGGCAGAGGGGCUUUCUGGGAUGCCUCCGGGCCCUGCAGCUGAACGGGCAGGCCCUGGACCUGGAGGACAGGGCCAGAGUGACUCCCGGCGUGGAGCCCGGCUGUCGGGGGCAUUGCAGCAGCUACGGGAAGCUGUGUCGCAACGGAGGGAAUUGCAGAGAGAAGCCCAGUGGAUUCUCUUGUGACUGCACCUUCUCUGCAUAUUCAGGGCCUUUCUGCUCAGAUGAGAUUGCUGCAUAUUUUGGAUCCGGCUCAUCCAUGGUUUACCAUUUUCAAGAAAAUUAUCCCUUAAGUAAAAAUUCCAGCUCCCACGCUGCUUCAUUUCAUGGUGAUCUAAAGCUGCGCCGAGAAAUGAUCAAAUUUAGCUUCCGAACAACACGGACACCCAGCUCACUGCUCUAUAUGAGCUCCUUUCAUAAAGAGUAUCUUUCAGUCAUCAUUGCCAAAAAUGGAAGUUUGCAGGUCAGGUACAAGCUGAAUAGAUAUCAAGAACCAGAUGUCAUUACCUUUGAUUUUAAAAACAUGGCUGAUGGGCAACUUCACCACGUCCAGAUUAACAGAGAAGAAGGAGUGGUCUUUGUAGAGAUUGACGAGAAUGCAAGGAGGCAAGUCCACCUGUCAUCAGGCACAGAAUUCAGUGCAGUCAGAUCUCUUGUACUGGGCAGGAUUUUAGAGCACAGUGAUGUUGACCAGGAGACGGCGCUGGCUGGUGCGCAGGGCUUCCUGGGCUGCCUGUCUGCAGUGCAGCUCAGCCACGUGGCCCCUCUGAAGGCUGCUCUGCACCCCAGCCGCUCCGCCCUCGUCACUGUCUCAGGGCACGUGACGGAGUCCAGCUGCGUGGCCCAGGCUGGCACUGACGCCACAUCCAGAGAAAGGACGCACUCCUUUGCAGAUCAUUCUGGAACAAGAGAUGACAGAGAGCCCCUAGCUAAUGCUAUCAAAAGUGACUCUGCCAUAAUUGGAGGUUUGAUAGCUGUUGUGAUCUUUAUCUUGCUGUGUAUCACUGCCAUAGCUGUUCGCAUUUAUCAGCAGAAAAGGUUAUACAAAAGAAAUGAGGCAAAAAGGUCAGAGAAUGUAGACGGUGCCGAGGCUGUUUUGAAAAGCCAGCUUGAUAGACAAAAUGCAGUCAGUGAAAAUCAGAAAGAGUACUUCUUCUGAUUGGCAGCCAUGGCUUAGCUUACAAUGACGACAGUGUGUUUUAAUCGCCAGGGGCUCUAAAUGGACAAAACUAUGUUCUUGCAUUGAAUGUACAGGCGAUGGAUCUGCAGCACUGCCAUCUCGCCAUGUCCAGACUCGCGAUGGCUCCAGGAGGCCUCGUCCAGUGACACGUUUCCCUAGCAGUCAUGGUCUGAAACAGGAAUUAGAUCAUGUCGCUCAUUUCCAAAUGUUCUGAUGUGAUCGAAAUGCAAGUUUAACUGGCUUGACGAUUGUGGUUUUAAACACUGUGCCCCUGGUCUUUCAACCACGUGAUACAUGAGUUUUGUUUGAGGUAAAUAUCAAAACUGGACGAAAUGGCCUUGCUUUGUUUGAGAACAUGUGCUGUGUCUGCUUCAGUGUUCCCCUGGUGUUAUUCAUAGACCUGGAAACGCUUCUAAGAUCCUGUUUGGCUGGUGUUUGCAUCUUCAGUGGCCAAAAGCAUUUAAACAAACCCCUUUGCCUUUCUCUGUAUUACAUUCAAUACAAUUGAUCAGUAGUCUUGAAAGAUGUUUUCUUGUCAUUGAUUUGUUUGUAUUGCUCUUUUCCUAUUUGACUGUUCUUAAUGAUUUUGAAUACAUUAGGUUUUGAGUGUCAGAAUUCAGCUCUGAACGUAGAACUCAUAUGUAACAAGACUCAGAAGGUG